CCCUUGAACAAGAACACGUUCCUCUUCCUUCAUCUGAAACUUAUUCUCUCCUCUCUGCCUCCUUCAAAAUCACUGAAGCUACAAUCUACUACCGUUCUGAUUCGAAUUCUUCCACCAUUGUAAGUUGUAACCAUUGGUAUGCUUAUGCAGCAAAAAACAAACCUAGAAUUUCUAUUGUUGUCUCUUAAUAUAUAAUAGCGUCUAAGAGGGGGAGAGAGAGAGAUAGAGUGGGUGUUUCUGCGUAAUGGGUCAGCAAUUGCGUCGAGCCGUUGGGAGAAUAAAAGAAGUUGAGAGAUCACCAUCUUCUACAUCAAAGGUCGCCGUCGAUCGGAGAUCGAUUCCAACGGAAGAGCUCAGCGCCGGGAAAUCUCCGUCUGCUGCCGCCGUCAAUGGUGUUCCCGAUGAAGCUCGAAGAACAAGUGAUGAUAACGUUUUAGAAGAACGAGACCCAAAAUACGAUACAAUGUUGAACCAAAUGGUGGGGAGAAUAAGAGCUAAACCCGGAGGCAAAGCCGAGAUGGGAGAGGCAUCGGUAGUGGAAACAUCGAAAAGGCCACUCCCAAAGCUGCGGAACACAACUCCUGAGUCAACAAGGUAUGAGGAAAAACCGGUGCCUCAAGGAACAUUGAACGUGGCACAAGUGAGACACAUCAUGCUUCUGUAUCAGGGCAAGGCUCAGGAUCACAACGGUCCUAUGAGUGUGGACGAUAUAGCCAAAAAUUACAGGAUUGACGUCUCCCAGGUCCAGAAGAUUAUCCAGUUCCUGUCUUUGCCUCCAGAGGUUACUGAUAAGCAGAAGAAACGAUAUGAAUAAGUUAAAAAAGCUCUGGUUGUUCAUUCUCAGAGGUUUCUUCUGUCCUUGCCAGUUUUAGAAAGUUUUGUGCGUCUAUGUGUAACACAGAACCAGAGAUGACAUUGACUUCGAUUUUUCAUUUUUUCUUUUUGUCUGAGCAAUAAUGUAAAACUGUGUAGCUAAAGAAUACGAAGCUUUUUUUCUUUCUUUUCUUCAAUUAAUGGGUUUAAAGAAGAUGCAGCAGC